UUUAAAGUAGCUAACGGUAACGGAAAUUUGCCCAUCCCUGGUCUGACCAGUGCUGCCCAUCACUUCAACAGGUUUUCUCGUUCAUCCUUUGCCAGUGAAAUGAGCCUGACAAAGCGACUCCUGCACAUUUUCCCUCGUUGCAGUGCCGUAAAGGUAACGCAUGCCUCGGGGGACCGCAAUUCGGCGCCCAUAGCCGAGGCUCUUCUUGGCCAAGUGGACAGGAGCACCCCGAAUUUGCAGUUGCUGGAAAUCGCUUCGGGAUCGGGACAGCAUGUGGGAUUUCUGGCGCCGCUGAUGCCCAACAUCACCUUUCAACCGACCGAGCACGAAGGGGCUCACUUCGAUUCGAUUGGCGCCUAUGUGGCGGAUUGUCCAACGCAGAAUAUCCGGGCACCCUUCCAUGCGGACAUCAGCCGGGAUCCCAAGGAUUGGGAGAUUCCUCAAGCACCAGAAAGCUAUGACUACAUGUUCAAUUCCAACAUGAUGCACAUCAGUCCGUGGAUCUGCUCCAUAGGACUUUUCCGGGCUGCCGGACAGCUCCUGAAGAAGGGUGGAAGGAUGUUCACCUAUGGACCGUAUGCAGAAAACCGAUAUCUCGGUCCGCAGAGCAAUUGGGACUUCGACCAAUACCUCCGGAAGAGAGACUCCUCCUGGGGCGUUCGUGACAUCAUGGAUCUAAAGGUCGUGGCGGAGGAGAACGGGAUGCAGCUGGAGAAGAUCGUGGAGAUGCCGUCGAACAACAAGUUUCUGACCUGGCUUAAGCUAUCAAAUAGUGUACUAGACUGAGGUUGUUGGGCGAUUACCCCUUUUAGAUAACAUAUGUAGUUUAUUUGGCGGCAAUAAAGUUUAUUGUCGUUCGA